AUGAGCAAGUUGAAGGUUGUAAUCUUUUUAUUACUAGUACUACAAUGUCUGGGAUAUCAGUUGACCUCCACCAAUGACAAUUACCUGUCUUUGGUAGCCGGAUUCACAGCACGAAUGCAAUGCUCAGUGUAUAGAUGCGAUUCGAAACGACCAGUUGUAGGUUAUUUCUUAAGGAAAUUACAAAAAUUAUGCUCAGAUUUCGUGGUAUAAAGAUGAUUUAUUGCUUUUCAACGGAACCGAAUUUAUCCCGACUUCCGGUUUUGAACCGGAGAAUAUUGUUUUACAGGAAACAACUACUUCCGAACGUCCGAGUCCAGGUAAAUCAUGAUUUAUUGAUCUAAAAAUACUUUUAGAUCUAUGUGUAAACGAUGAAUAUACACUACUGCUUAAGAAUUUGACACUCCAAGACUCGGGGAAGUAUCGCUGUGAGUUGAAUGAUUAUCCCCAGCAAUUGGACUUCCAUUUGAAUGUUCUAGGUAUGUAGAAUAUUUGCCAGAUUUAGUUUUAGUAUCAGAAAAUUACAGUAAUCUCGUUUCAGAGAGUGGACUCAAAUUUGGGUUUAAUCAGAACAUGACGUUCGACUACUCGGAGUGCUGUCUCGAGAAGGGAAUCUCCCCAUUAUGUCGACCAAUGUGCCGACCACGCGAUCUUCAUCUCGAAUUCUUUGAUCCUACCAGGUAAUGCUCACAACAUCAUUUAUAACCUCUUUUAAUUUUACAAAAGGAGUUUACCUCAAAAUCCAUUUGACCUUUUUGACGUCUUAUUAUUUGUUUCAGUUGCCAGACCAAUGAUUACAAGAAUUUCCUCAGCUGUGCAACGGACUUCGGAAGGAAAGAUUACAUUCCUUGCUGUCGGCAGAAGAAUAUCCCCAGUUUCUGUUUCGAUUUCUGCUCAUCCAACUUCCAAAUGCUCAAGAGAUCUCAUCGUUUAUGUCUGUACUACUUGCCAGAGAUAUUUCAAUGCUUCAGUCAACCUCAUUGUAAGGUAUAAUUAUAGUCUAAAAUUCCCUGAUUAAUUCCAGCUUUGAAUCCCGAGAUCCCAACGGGACUCCAUUGGAGAAAAGGGGGGAAUCGAGUAAAACUUUGCUGGAGAUCAUCAAUGAUGCCGGAGGAAACUGUCGGGUAUACUGUGCAUCUAAAGGAAAUGAGUCUGGGAACAGCGGCUGCAACCAAGUAAGUCAUCAUUGCUAUUAACAUAAGAAUAGAAAUAAAUUCACAUGUGGUAAUAGUAAAAUAUCUUUUUUUAGUCUUUUGGUCGAAAAACAAAGAAAGUCUCGCAGUACCCAGAUCAUGAUUGCCAAACAUUCAUUGGGUACGCCUCAAGUUACCUAUCUCCAUCUGGCCAACUCCUCGAUACAACAUGAAGGGGAAGAUGUCUGCAUUAAUCUGGAUGGUCUCAGUCCUUCAAUCAGGUAUGCCGUUAUGGUCCAGACGAAUACAAAGACUGGCGUGUCUGAACCGAGCGCGCCUCUUUUCCUUGCAUAA